CCCAGAACUUCACUAGCGUAGCCAAGAAGUCACACGACCAAGCUAUUCUCCUCCCGAAAGAUGUGCUUUUUCUCAUUUGUUUGGAUUUUAUGAAGAAAACGUUUCUUGAGAAUUUGGUUACAAUGUUACUGAAGUACAAGUCAGAGGGUCACUCUCAGCUGGGUCAACAAAAAAACCUGGGACAUGGGCCGGAGCUCCAGGACCACCAACCCUCUGGGGAAUGGAGCGCCUGGGGUGGAUCCGGACUACGUCAUGCAGCUGUUGAACGAUGUGCGGAGGGUUGCAGACGUACUGCUCAGCCUUAAAGAAGCCUUUCACUCUGAAGAGUCCCAUGAUGGUCUCCCGCAGCGGGUACAGGAGAGGUUGGGAGAGCUGCUGCGCGCUCUCAAGUCUGUCAUCGGCAAACACCAGACCCUUGACUCUGUAGACGUCCUCAGGGCCGCUGGAACCGUCAUCUCUAAGGUCAAAGACAUUAACUUCAAGGAAGUAAACCGAGAAAACAAAAACGCUGUAUUUGGCGAGAUACACGCGUCCAUUGACACAUUGGCGUUCACAUUUGGCAAUGUAGCGUCUGACUUUCUUAUGGGAGAUGUGGACAGCCAAUCAGGGUUGGGGAUCCCCCAGACCAGGAGAAGCAGGCUCUCUGCGGAUUCUGAGGGGAAGAAUGACCUAGUGGGCCCAGAGGAGGAGGAUGUUGGCCUGACGCUGCAGAGGAACGUCAGUGGGGUGGAGUCAGCUCUGCUCUAUGCCAAGGCCUGGUCCAAGUACACCAAAGAUCUGCUGGCCUGGGUUGACAAACGCCUGGGACUGGACAUCGAAUGUGCCAAGAGCUGUGCCAAAAUGGCUGAAUAUGCAAAGACGCUUGCGAGUCAACAGGACUACAUGCCGUUCAGGGAUACUUAUAUCUCUACGUUUAAGAAUGACAUAGAGUACAGCCAACUCCUACUGCAGACUGCCACCGCCCUGCAGACCAACAAAUUUAUACAGCCGCUGUUGGCCAGAAAGAAUGAGCUGGACAAACUGAGGAAAGACCUUACCGAGCAGUGGCAGAGACAACAAAAGAAAAUGCAAGAGUCUGAGGUGGCGCUGCGUAAGGCCCGGUGGACCCAGACCCAGAGGACAGACGAGUACCAGAAGGCCCACUCCAGCCGCUCCCAGGAGGAACAGCCCAGACAGCUGGACAAGAAGAGGAAACUGGAGGAGGAGGCUCUACAGAAGGCGGACGACGCGAAGGACCGGUACAGAGCGUGUGUAGCUGAUGCAGGAGUCAGGAGGACAGAGCUGGCCAACACCAAGACAGACAUCCUCACUCAGAUCAGAGAACUGCUGGCUCAGUGUGACCUCACACUCAAAGCUGUGACAGUGAACUGGUUUCAGCUGCAGCAGUCCCAGACCGUGUCUCUCCCCGUCCAUUACCAGGCCCUGUGUGAGAACGCGAAGAUGUACGAGCCUGGACAGAGAUACGCUGAGUUCGUCAGAAAUCUGCCCAAAGAUCGGGUACACAUGGAGUCCUUCUCCAUUGAUGGACGGUUUGCUGUGUUCAACAAGCGUUCGCUGGGCAGCACCAGUUCCCAUGGUAACCUGUCCCAGGUGUCCCUGACCUCCGAUGACGUAAUGAGUGGGGACGAGGUGGACAGUCCCCUGGGGUCGCGACCUGGGAAGAGGUCCAACAGCGCCACAGACAUACAAGGUCUGAGAGGGGGACAGGGACCGUUGAGAGCCUGGGCAUCAGCUAGCCAAGACAGGGGGAUGUGUAGUGACACAGAGAGUGCUGGAGGCAGCAGUGAGUCUCGAUCCAUGGACUCCCCCAUUGCCAGCCCAGGUGACUUUAAACGCAGACUACCCAGAACCCCCUCCACUGGCACCAUGUCCUCAGCAGACGACCUGGACGAGAGACAACCAACCUCAGACAACGGUCUGGGUGAAAUGGUGACAGAGGCAGACAGUUCACCAGGUCCGUUUCGUAACACCCAGAUGUCCAAGGCGUCUCAGACACACAAGCUGAGGAAACUCCGAGCUCCGUCUAAGUGCAGGGAGUGUGACAGUCUGGUGAUGUUCUCCGGAGCAGAAUGUGAAGAGUGCUCCCUGGCCUGCCAUAAGAAGUGUCUGGAGACCCUGGCUAUCCAGUGUGGUCAUAAGAAGCUGCAGGGAAGACUACAUCUGUUUGGGAUAGACUUUUCCCAGGCAGCUAAGAACAGCCCAGACGGGAUCCCCUUCAUCAUCAGGAAGUGUACCUCUGAGAUCGAGAGCCGCGCCCUCAGCCUCAAGGGAAUCUACCGUGUGAACGGGGCCAAGUCUCGUGUGGAGAAGCUGUGCCAGGCGUUUGAGAAUGGCAAGGACCUGGUUGAGCUCUCUGACCUCUCACCCCACGACAUCGGCAACGUGCUCAAACUCUACCUGAGACAGUUACCAGAGCCACUGAUCCUGUACCGUUACUAUAAUGAUUUCAUCGGGCUGGCCAAGGAGAGCCAGGCGGUGAUCAUAGAGGAGAAGGCUGCAGCCAGGGCCCUUCAGACCCAGACCCAGAGCCAGGGGCAGCCAGGGGGAGAACAACCCCGAUCAGGAGGCACUCAGCCUGGGGUAGAGGGAGAGCAGCCUCCCCUGAGAACCAGCCAGCCUGGAGGAGAGCUCCCCAACCAGCCCAGUAUAAAACUCAACAGAGUCCUGUUUAAGAUUAGAGACCUGUUACGACAGCUGCCUCCUGCACAGUACAGGGCCCUACGCUUCCUCACAGCUCACCUACACAGAGUGACAGAGAAGGAAGGGGAGAACAAGAUGACAGCCAGUAACCUGGGCAUUAUCUUCGGCCCUACGCUGGUCAAACCACGACAGACUGAUGCAGAGGUCUCCCUGUCCUCUCUGGUUGAUUACCCUUACCAGGCACUGAUGGUGGAGUUGCUGGUAAGUCACUUCCAGAUGAUCUUUGACGUGGCCAGCCCCUCCUCCUCACCUACCACCACCUCCACGGCGGGCCAUACAUCCCCCCGACUCACCCCUCAGGAGGAGCAGAGACUCAGCCGCCACUCCACCUCCCUGCUUGACAUCAAGGAGAGCGCCAAAGUCUACAAGAGGCACUUGUCCUCUAAUAUCCUGGAUGAGGUGAGAGGGGUGACGACAGGAAGGACAGGACCGGACAGGACAGGACCAGACAGGACAGGACCAGACAGGACAGGACCGGACAGGACAGGACCAGACAGGAGAGAGUUAACAGCCCUGGAGAGACUCAGUGGUGUCGGCUCUGCUGCUGCUGGCGCUCCCAAGAGGUCUACACUUGUGUUUGGACGUCCCAGCAUCAACCUCUCCUCCUCUACCUCCUCCUUCUCCUCUAUGGCCCCUCGGGUCCAACAGCGCUCUAGAAUGGUGUCCCGACCAAUCAGCAUGCCCUUGGAGCGCCUGCCCCUCCCCAACCCCUCCCAGGUCGUUGAGAGGAACAGCCAGAACACCAACGACGCCGUCAUGUUAGAUCCCGCUGCUGACACCAUCAUGGAGUUAGCCGAGCCGGAGAAGGAGAAGCCUCGGAUUGGUGGGGGGUCAAGGGUCAGUACCUAUUAUAUCACACCCUUCAUCGACCCCCAGGCCAUGCAGCAUAGGACCUGGGACAGGAAGUACAAACACUAUGACGUCACGCCACGCACCGCCAUGAUCGUGGCUAAUUUACCGCCGGCCGGUACGGGCCCCGGAACACAGCCAACAGGGACACAAUCGUCCGUAUCUGGGCCGACCAGCUCUGCUCUCCCAUCCAGUAGUAGUGUCAGCACCAUAUUCCCCAACAGCCCUUCCACAGUGUCGGUGAAGGCUGGCCAGACGUCCAGAGGAGACAGAGAGGAGACUAAGGGUAGGUCUAACUCUGCUGCUGGAGAUGGUGGGGAGACUAGAACCUCUACCAACUCCCCCAUAACGUUCAGACAACCACGGACUCUGCAGCCUCCACCCGGAACCUUCUACAAGCCUCCUGGUUCUUCAGGCACGAGAGGGUGGCCAUCAUCAAGUACCUCUGGGACCGCUAGCCCAACCAAUAUGUCCCCAACCUCUCCUACUGUUAAAACCUCCUCCCCAACUUCCACUACUGUUAACAGCUCCUCCCCAACUUCCACUACUGCUAAAAGCUCCUCCCCAACUUCCACUACUGUUAAAAGCUCCUCCCCAACUUCCACUACUGUUAAAAGCUCCUCCCCAACUUCCACUACUGUUAAAAGCUCCUCCCCAACUUCUCCUCCUGUUAAAAGCUCCUCCCCAACUUCCACUACUGUUAACAGCUCCUCCCCAACUUCCACUACUGUUAACAGCUCCUCCCCAACUUCCACUACUGUUAAAAGCUCCUCCCCGACUUCCACUACUGUUAAAAGCUCCUCCCCGACUUCCACUACUGUUAAAAAAUCCUCCCCGACUUCCACUACUGUUAAAAGCUCCUCCCCAACUUCUCCUACUGUUAAAAGCUCCUCCCCAACUUCCACUACUGUUAACAGCUCCUCCCCAACUUCCACUACUGUUAACAGCUCCUCCCCAACUUCCACUAUUGUUAACAGCUCCUCCCCAACUUCCACUACUGUUAAAAGCUCCUCCCCAACUUCCACUACUGUUAACAGCUCCUCCCCAACUUCCACUACUGUUAACAGCUCCUCCCCCAACUUCCACUACUGUUAA